AGCUCCACCCCUAGCCUGUCUGUCGCCAGUAUGAGAGAAAAAGGGAGAAAUAGAAAUCACUUGGAAAGGAACUAGAGGAAAAAAAAUAAGGGCACAGAAAAUGGAGCUGCAAUAACUUUCUUUCUCCAAGGUCUUGUAAGAAGUACUGGCAUGACAGACGUGGAGAAUGUCUUCCAUUUUUCCACAGAACAGGAUUAAUUCAGAAGACUCAUCCUGUGAUAGAAAGACGUUAAUUACCAAGUGACAUCUGCUCAAUCAGUUGCUGUCUUCCAGGAAACAAUACAGCUUAUUCACUGCAAAAACUCCUUCUUGCAAACACUGAAGUUUAUUUGUGUAGAAGUUCCUUGAAGACUUGUGUCAAAUGACGUCAAUGGCCAGUUUGUUCUCUUUUACUAGCCCAGCUGUAAAGCGUCUGUUGGGCUGGAAACAAGGAGAUGAAGAGGAAAAAUGGGCUGAAAAAGCUGUUGAUGCCUUGGUAAAAAAGUUAAAAAAGAAAAAAGGUGCUAUGGAGGAAUUGGAGAAAGCCUUGAGCAGUCCUGGACAGCCCAGCAAGUGUGUUACCAUUCCCCGUUCUCUAGAUGGCCGACUUCAAGUCUCUCACAGAAAAGGCUUACCCCACGUUAUUUACUGUCGUGUUUGGCGUUGGCCUGACUUGCAGAGUCACCACGAGCUGAAACCAUUGGAUAUUUGUGAAUUUCCUUUUGGAUCGAAGCAAAAGGAAGUUUGUAUUAAUCCAUACCACUACAAGAGGGUGGAAAGCCCAGUUCUACCUCCAGUGUUAGUGCCUAGACAUAGCGAAUUCAACCCACAGCACAGCCUACUAGUUCAGUUCAGGAACCUAAGCCACAAUGAACCGCAUAUGCCACACAACGCUACGUUUCCAGAUUCUUUCCAGCAGCCCAACAGCACUCCAUUUUCCAUUUCACCGAACAGCCCCUAUCCACCUUCUCCAGCCAGCAGCACUUACCCAAGUUCCCCAGCCAGUUCUGGACCUUCAAGUCCAUUUCAGCUGCCAGCUGAUACUCCUCCUCCUGCGUAUAUGCCCCCUGACGAUCAGAUGGGGCAGGAUAGUUCGCAAUCUAUGGACACAAGCAACACUAUGAUUCCUCAAAUUAUGCCAAAUAUAUCCAGCAGAGAUGUUCAACCUGUUGCCUAUGAAGAGCCUAGGCACUGGUGUUCAAUUGUGUACUAUGAAUUAAAUAAUCGUGUUGGAGAGGCUUUUCAUGCAUCUUCCACCAGUAUCUUAGUAGAUGGAUUUACAGAUCCUUCUAAUAAUAGAAACAGAUUCUGCUUAGGUUUGCUGUCCAACGUUAAUCGGAAUUCAACAAUUGAGAACACUAGGCGACACAUUGGAAAAGGCGUUCAUCUUUACUAUGUUGGUGGGGAAGUCUAUGCCGAGUGCUUAAGUGACAGCAGCAUAUUUGUACAGAGCAGGAACUGCAAUUAUCAUCAUGGCUUUCAUCCUACCACUGUGUGCAAGAUUCCCAGUGGCUGCAGCCUAAAAAUUUUUAACAAUCAGGAGUUUGCUCAGCUUUUAGCUCAGUCUGUCAAUCAUGGAUUCGAAGCAGUUUAUGAGCUCACCAAAAUGUGCACCAUUCGAAUGAGUUUUGUAAAGGGUUGGGGAGCAGAAUAUCACCGGCAAGAUGUCACAAGCACCCCAUGUUGGAUAGAAAUUCAUCUUCAUGGGCCCCUGCAGUGGCUGGAUAAAGUACUGACACAAAUGGGCUCACCUCUUAAUCCCAUCUCCUCUGUUUCAUAGUGCCGAAGUAUUCUCUUCAAGUUGAAUCUUUUUAGCGAACUUAUUCUAAUUCUAGAGAAACUUCCAAGGUGGAUACUGUGAGCUACAUGGAAAACAGAUAUUAUGGUUAAACUUCUUACCCUGGUGUGACCAAUUCCAUUGUGUAUUGAUGAUCAGUUUUACAUUUCAAUUUGUUCUUGUGAUACUCAAGUGACAAUUGAGACCUAAGAAAAAAAAGUCUAUUGAAAAUUUUAGAACAUUUUUUCCUUUCCUUCAUAUAAGACUUAAACAGGUAUUUGUCUUAACUGGAACUUUUUCUGUCAUGUAGGGACAAGAAUUUUGAAGACUGACUAUAGGGAGUAAAUACAUAUCAUAGAUUUAAAAAAAAUAUUAAUAAACUGCUGAACUUGUGCAGCUCCAGCUUACAAGCAGUAUUUUUAGUAAAGCUGCAUAACAAUUUUGGAUGACAAUUUAUAAACAAAAUUAGCCUUUAUUAUAGCUAAUUUUGCUUCAGUUUGAACAAUGUGAUUUAAGUGUACACAUGUUGAAAUUAUACUUUUUUUACAGAUACAGAAUGGUGUAAAACACUUGCAUUAUCUAUUGAAAAAGUGCCGUCAUAAACACACUGUAUAUUCAUUGCAAAAGAGCAAGCAUUAGCUUCAUCCCUCAUCACUUUUUUUAAUAUUGCUUUUAACCACCGUUUAAAUAGUAAUUGAUGAAAGGUAAACUUCCUACACUUCUCUGGACUUAGUAAUUCUUGUUUUUUUUCCUUUGAUUUAUGCCUAUACCAUUUGGAUGUUGUUGCCAAGGUCUAGCUUUUUUUUUUGUAGAUACCCUCUGUAUUUUAGCAUAAACACUACUUUUUGUAAAGGCAGUACUUUUCUUGGAAAGAUUUAAGUGUUUUUUGGGUUUUUAUUCUUCCUAGUUGCUUUUGACCUGUGUAGAACUGGUGUGUGUUAAUGUCCUAGUCUCUCAACACUUAUUACAGUAUUAGCGAUUAAGCUGUAUUUAAUUCACUUUGCACAAAUUUGAUCUCUUCUGCUCAUGCUAGUCAAAGACUGAAUGGCUUAAAACUAAGUAAUUGAAUGCAAGGCCUUUCAUUUUUAAGUCACCCACACAAAUACAAACCUGUUUGGUAAUGAGCAAAAAUCAUUGCUACUAGUGGCCUUUAUGAUAAGUGGUCUUAGUCCAAUUUUUUAUGAGCAGCUGUCCCCUGGCAUAUAUAGUCUACCACUGUAUUUGCAGUCUUAGCAGAGAAAGGAUUGAAUGGACAUAGAGGUUAAAUUGCUCCUUCAUCCACGUAGGAAACCCUUCAGGGAGACUGUGGAGGUGCAGUGGCAGGGUGCUGUGAGAAGGGUUGGACAGCUGCUGCCUGUGCUGAAUCUGUCUUGUAGAGAGAGGGUGACACCCAGACUCAAUGCAGACACUGAAAACAAUCAUUUAAAGGGCAAGACUAUCUGGAAGAACCAUUUCAGUGAAGAAAUGACCUAAAAGAAAUGUAGAGUGGAACUUUUUGACUGAACUCAGUUAUAGCCUGACUCUAAUUCCCAAGGUUUGUUUUUUUUCCCUUAACAUGCAACCAAGGCCUCUUAAUGCAUAUAAUAACUCUGACUUAUGCAAGUAAAGGUAAAGCAUUUGGGAAUUGGUAAAAAAAAAAAAAACUCUAAAGCUCAAGUACUUAAAAGUUGCCUUGUAGCUAGUUGCUGCAGUCCCUGGGUGUAUUGUGUGCUUACCUGAGUUAUUCUUGUAUCCUUUAUUGGUGAUAGAGCUUUUGCUGAAAUGUGGUGAUCCCUUCAUCACAUGGUACAUUGGUAAAGAAUCACCUUAAAGGAACAAGGCUGUUUACAUAUCAAGAAAACAUGUUUCUUUUGAAAUGCCUUAAAGGAAUAAAGAUAGAUUGAUACUUUCAUAGAUCUUUAAUGCUAUCUUGUACAGAAAUUUACUGUUUUUUGCUUGAUUUAUUUUAAAAUAUUUUUUUUUUCCUCCACCAUUUUAAACAACAACCCCCCCUCCCCCUGAAAAAACACCAACCCUUCAGGACAAAAAGUAACAAUGCUUUGCCAUUUACCUUUGUCUGUUGCUUAUUUCUUUGAAUGAUAGGCAGUUGAUGGUUUUAUCGAAUGAGCUACAGGCUCAGCUGUGCCCUUUCUUUGUCACUUUAUCAAUAUCAGCACUACAGUAUCUUGAUGAACUCAUGUUUUUAUUAAUGUCAUGAAAUGCGGCGUU